GGCGGCUCGCUUCAGUCGUGUCUCUCUCACUCACUGGGGGACCCGGUGGUGGCGGCAGCUUUCGAGGCAGACACUUGCCGGGCCGAUCCUGAGGAGGGAAAGUCGGGGCGAGAGGACCGCGGGAGCAGCCUGCCGGCGCCAGUCGCCUCAGGUUCCGCCAUGAGCUGGGGCACCGAGCUGUGGGAUCAGUUCGAUAGCUUAGAUAAGCAUACCCAAUGGGGAAUCGACUUCUUGGAAAGAUACGCCAAGUUUGUUAAAGAGAGAAUUGAAAUUGAACAGAACUAUGCGAAACAAUUGAGAAAUCUGGUUAAGAAGUACUGUCCCAAACGCUCCUCCAAGGAUGAAGAACCAAGGUUUACUUCAUGUAUCGCCUUUUUUAACAUCCUUAAUGAGUUAAACGACUAUGCAGGACAGCGAGAGGUAGUAGCAGAAGAAAUGGCACACAGAGUAUAUGGUGAAUUAAUGAGAUAUGCCCAUGAUCUGAAAACGGAAAGAAAAAUGCAUCUACAAGAAGGACGAAAAGCUCAACAAUACCUUGACAUGUGUUGGAAACAGAUGGAUAAUAGUAAAAAGAAAUUUGAAAGAGAAUGUAGAGAAGCCGAGAAAGCACAGCAGAGUUAUGAAAGAUUGGACAACGAUACUAAUGCAACCAAGGCCGAUGUUGAAAAGGCCAAACAGCAGUUGAACCUUCGCACACACAUGGCUGAUGAGAAUAAGAAUGAGUAUGCUGCACAGCUGCAGAACUUUAAUGGAGAGCAGCACAAACAUUUCUAUGUGGUGAUUCCUCAGAUUUACAAGCAACUACAAGAAAUGGAUGAACGAAGGACAAUUAAACUCAGUGAAUGUUACAGAGGGUUUGCAGACUCAGAACGCAAAGUUAUUCCUAUCAUCUCAAAAUGUUUAGAAGGAAUGAUUCUUGCAGCAAAAUCAGUUGAUGAAAGAAGAGAUUCUCAAAUGGUAGUAGACUCCUUCAAGUCUGGCUUUGAACCUCCAGGAGACUUUCCAUUUGAAGAUUACAGUCAGCAUAUUUACAGAACCAUUUCUGAUGGGACCAUCAGUGCAUCCAAACAGGAGAGUGGCAAGAUGGAUUCCAAGUCCACAGUAGGGAAGGCCAAGGGCAAACUCUGGCUCUUUGGAAAGAAGCCAAAGUGGUCGAUGAAGAUGGGCCCAGCACUAGAAGAUUUCAGCCAUUUGCCACCAGAGCAGAGGCGUAAGAAGUUGCAGCAACGCAUUGAUGAGCUUAACCGAGGGCUGCAGAAAGAAGCAGACCAAAAAGAAGCACUCAACAAAAUGAAGGACGUGUAUGAGAAAAACCCACAAAUGGGAGAUCCAGGAAGUCUGCAGCCGAAAUUAGCGGAGACCAUGAAUAACAUUGACCGCUUACGAAUGGAAAUCCACAAGAACGAGGCAUGGCUGUCUGAAGUUGAAGGCAAAGCAGGUGUGAGAGGGGACAGGAGACACAGCAGUGACAUCAAUCAUCUUGUGACACAGGGGAGAGAAAGUCCUGAGGGAAGUUACACUGAUGAUGCAAACCAAGAAGUUCGUGGGCCACCCCAGCAACAUGGUCACCACAGUGAGUUUGAUGAUGAGUUUGAAGAUGAUGAUCCCCUGCCUGCUAUUGGACACUGCAAAGCUAUCUACCCUUUUGAUGGACAUAAUGAAGGUACUCUGGCAAUGAAAGAAGGUGAAGUUCUGUACAUUAUUGAGGAGGACAAAGGUGAUGGAUGGACAAGAGCCCGGAGACAGAAUGGUGAAGAAGGCUACGUCCCCACAACAUACAUAGAUGUAACUCUAGAGAAAAACAGUAAAGGUGCAGUAACUUAUAUCUAAACUUACCAGGCAGCUUUGUGCCAUGUACACGCAAAAUGACAGCACAUUCAACAGGUCAGAAAAACCAAAAAGUUAAGGCAUCCUGAUGCAUUGUUCACUAUGUGAGCUGAGUGCAGGCUUGAUCAGAGAGUAUGAAUACUGCCACUAGAAGCUCUUUGACGCCUUGCUGUUCAAGUGAUGCUGGUGUGGAACCUUAAUUGAUGCCUUUCGCUUUCUGUCCUGCCUAAGUGUGUGUAAAGGACGUGUGCUUCUCUGCCUUAGAAGUAAUAGAUUUGAUUAUUAGGCGAGAAUUGUAGGUAGAUUGUUCCCUGCCCCCUUCACCUCAGAAACAACAGUGACUGAUGAAUUAAAAUAAACAAACCUGCUCUCAACUGCAGAAAGCUGACUCUCGAGCAGCUAAACCUAGGAGCUUGGAUUUAUAGCUUCAGGUUCUAGGAAGAAAAGUAAUAGUUGGAUAAUUAGGUAAAAUAACAGUCAUUUUCCUUGCUAUUCUUAACUUGGUUUCUUAAAGAAAGAAAAGGAAUACCUGGUAUAUAAUCUAUUUAAUAUGAGCUCAUCUAGAGAUCACAGGAUAAGUCACCUGGUGGAGCUUGUAUGCGAAUAAAACAGCAUUGAGACCUGAAAAUAUUUUCAGGUUUACUGGUAAUUUUCAAUGUUGUACAAAGUUCAUUCCAAGCUAAUCUUAAAACGCUUGUACUUUUCACCUGAAAGUGUCUUUUAGAAAUAUUCCAUUAGUGAUCAUUUAGUUUCUGCCAGUUACUCUUAGGAGAAAUUGAAUGUAAUUCAGUGUGGUAAAGGACAGUCUGGAAUGGAGGAAGAAAGUGUGGCAGUCGGAACUCUUAGAGGAGGAACAGGAAACAGGUUUUUACUGAGCUGAAGAAAGAUCUCUACCACUAUUGAGGGCUUCGUUUUAGCUGGAUUGUCAACUGUCAGAGUAGGUACCUCUUUUCCAGUGUAUUGCCAAACGCAUCUGUUGGGAUCUUUGUCCAGUCAGGAGCUGUACAGUAUAGUAGUCACGUGACACAUCCUCAUUAGUUGAGUGAGGAGACAAGGGAGGAGGCAGUAGCACUGGCCUUUGAUCAUCUUGUGUUUCAGAGUUCUCUGGUGUUUUUAGUAGCUAACUAUAAAAUAACUUUAGUUACAUUUGGGACAGACACUUUAAGCUGAAUGCCCCUUUUGGUCUUACCAAAGGUCUUCAGUAAUUGUUUUUUUCUUUUUCCUCCUGGACUGCAGGUUCCUGAAGAGGGUUUCUGAGGAAAUGGGCAAGAUGUUGAAGGAGGUUACAUGCAGCUGCUUUGGGGGAGGGUCUUAGAGUUGUCAGGCUGAAAGAGAGUGAGAGAAGCAAGUUGCAUGAAUGCAUGCAGAUUUUUUUACUAACUUCAUUAGCAUUUCCAUACAUUAAAAAGUCAUUCUAGUACCAGCCCUUAAAUUCCUAGUCCGCAGUUGUUCACAUGGAAGAAGGAAAAGAAAAGCCAGCAAUGGCUAACCUCUUUUUUUUUUUUCAUUUACUGAUUCCAAAUCAGAAAGAAUGCAGAGCUGUCUUAAAGUUUGUCUUGUUUGGGGCUGUCCAGUAGGACUGUCUUCAUCCAGCUCUGUUUAAUUGGCUUCUAGACUCGUCGUCUCUUAGAACCCUUGCCAUUUGUCAGUGUCUGCCUGCACCACCUCUGUGCUUGCUUAACAUCCUGUUGCAUGUGUAGAGUGAUCUGGGCUUAUAGUUUUCAGGCAUGUCUCUGUAAUCCCCUGUUCUUGUCAUAGCUUCUGUUUCAUUUUGCAUUUGUAGUGCAAAUCACUUUGUCAGACAUCUCAGCACUAAUGUUUCCAUCUUAGUAUUUGUGUAUGCUGCUAAAACUUCCCCACUGCAAACAUUCCAGUUUUGACAUGAAGACAUAGUCUGUGAACCUGAAGUAUUUAUGAUAAGAAAAAGAAAACAUCUCUGCUCUAGCCUACAGCCCAGUUAAAGACUCUGAAAUGUGACACAUCCUCAGCACCUCAGUCUGGGAGAAUCUGGUCAGCACUGAAGUCCUGGCAUAAUAACACCGAAGGGACUAUUGUCAAAAGUCAGCUGCUUCCAUUCAAAUGCUGCCUUAAAAAUCGAGUGCCUAAAUCUCUUGAUUGCCAACACUACCACUACAGUAUCCCACAAAGGGCUUUGUGUGCCAGCUCAGUGCUCCGCCUCUAAUUGUGGUACCUCCGCAGCUGUGAUGUAGCCUCGGUAUGUGGCUUUUAGAGCUCUACCAUGUGCAGUGGUGCAUCCUCAAAUUCGUGGAUCAGACUGAAGACCUGUCUGAGUCCGUUUUACUUUCAUCGGUAUAUUUAUGAGAAGUUUGAUGGACCUUCCCCCUUCAUCUUUUAAUGGGGUGGUGACUAUCUCCUUGAUUAUUUUAAUGAUAGUCUGUUUCCAAGUGACGCUUUUGUUUGAACCAGAUAAAAUUGAGUGAAACUUUGUAAAGAUCUAUGUGCACUUUUACUUGUAAAAUGGGAAUUUCUGUAUGUUUAUACUUGUAAAUACAAUUAUCGUUAGUACCCUCAUUGCUCAUGUGUCCUGCCCCACAUUUGUGAUUCUGUUAAUGACUUGUAUCUGAACUAAUUUCUUAGUGGUCUUGUAACAGGGAGGUGGGUGGGGUGGGAGGGUUAUUUGUACCACUGAAGCUCCAUUAAUUUGGUUCUUUACUGUUUUGAGGGGAGAAAGAGAAUGUGAAAUGUUCUGUGUAUUAUUGGAUUUCAAGCAAUAUUUUAGAAACCGUGUGACUGCUUUAAUAAUUUUUUCCAAUGCUAUUUGAAUCGUACUCCCAGUUAUGCUAAAGCUGAAUGACAAUUGUGUGAACAUUAAUGCCUUCAUAAGAUCAAGUACACCACUGUUAUGCAGCUGACAUAUAGUAUAUUACCUUUGAGGCUAGUAAACUAUACAGUUUUAGAUAUUAAAUCUCGUUACAGGGUUAUUUAUAUAAUGUGACAUUAUUCUAUACUGACAGACUACACGAAGUAGUUUUAAAAAGUAGUGCUAUUUUUAUUUCAGAAGUUAGCAAUGAGAAGGAAACGUGACCUGGCUGUGUUUGUCUUCUGUACAAAGACUGAAGUGCUUAUGUUUUUCUGACUAACAAUCACGGAGGGCAAAGUUCAAAGCUUUCUUGUAAAGACUGUUCCUUUCCAGCUACUGUGUGUUUUUCUAAAACUGGCGUUUGCUUCCGUAGUAGACAAGUUCCUUCAUGUGGAGUAGUGCGGCCGACACGUGGGUUAUAUAACAUUUGAAAAGACACUUGUACUUGCACAGUUUUUAAGUCAUUCUCAAACCAUUCUUAAACUUUGAACAUGUGAGCUGUCUAAAAGAAAUCUCUUAAUUUCCACUUUGUGCACAUACUGAUUUCUUAAUGGUAAAAAGCCUUGUUUAUGAUAGUGUUCUCUGUUGAGAAUAUUUUCAUGGAAUAAAGCAAUCUUUUCAUGGUCAGUUAA